CGGCACUGCUCGGUGGGCCUGGGCGCCGCGGGCACAGCGGGGGAGCCGCGCCGCGGGAGCGUCAGAAAUUAGACACAGGGUGUGGGCCUCCAUCCAUGUUCUUCGCUGGCUCUCAAGUGUUAGGGGCAGGCCUGCCAACCUGUGUUUCAGGAGGCACAUCACAUCCAAGGUGAACUGUAAGGAGGCCCGUCAGGAGAUUGCAGCUCCGUGGUCCGCGGCCGGUCCCGCGGGAGAUGGCCCCGGGGGCGCCCACAUCGCUGCUGCUGUGGCUGCUGUGGCUUCCUGGCUUCCCGCCCCGCGCUGCCGGCUGCCCAGCCGCCUGCCGCUGCUACAGCGCCACGGUGGAGUGCGGCGCCCUGCGGCUUCGCGUCGUCCCGCCCGGAAUUCCACCCGGGACGCAGACGCUGUUCCUGCAGGACAACAGCAUCGCGCGCCUGGAACCGGGCGUACUGGCGCCUCUCGCCGCGCUGCGCCGUCUCUACCUGCACAACAACAGCCUGCGCGCCCUGGAGCCAGGCGCCUUCUGCGCGCAGUCACGCCUGCUGGAGCUAGCGCUCACCGGCAACCGGCUGCGCGCCUUGCGCGUCGGCGCCUUCGCGGGCCUGGCCCAGCUGCGUGCACUCUACCUGGCUGGUAACCAGCUAGUGCAGCUGCUGGAUUUCACCUUCCUGCACCUGCCGCGCCUGCAGGAGCUGCACCUGCAGGAAAACAGCAUUGAGCUGCUGGAGGACCAGGCCCUGGCCGGGCUCUCCUCCCUAGCACUGCUGGACCUCAGCAGAAACCAACUGGGCACCAUCAGUCGUGAGGCCCUACAGCCCCUGGCCAGCCUGCAGGUCCUGCGCCUCACAGAGAAUCCAUGGCGCUGUGACUGUGCCCUGCACUGGCUGGGAGCCUGGAUCAAGGAAGGGGGCCAGCGACUGCUCAGCUCCAGGGACAAGAACAUCAUGUGCGCAGAGCCCCCGCGCCUGGCACUUCAAAGUCUCCUGGACAUAUCUGGCAGUAGCCUCAUCUGUAUCCCGCCCUCUGUACACGUGGAGCCGCUGGAGGUGACGGCCAACCUGGGUGAGGACCUGCGGGUUGCCUGCCAGGCUUCCGGCUACCCGCAGCCGCUGGUGACCUGGAGAAAGGUGGCCCAGCCUCGCGAAGGGCAGCCACGGGCCCAGGUCCAGCCAGAAGGUGGGGCACCGCGCCCAGGCGGGCCCGGCGCCUCUGACACAGGCAGCGGCAUGCUCUUCCUCACCAACAUCACCCUGGCCCACGCUGGCAAGUACGAGUGCGAGGCCUCCAACGCCGGCGGCGCCGCCCGCGUGCCCUUCCAGCUCCUGGUCAACUUGUCCCAGCAGCAGCAGCUGCAGCUGGCGCCCGUGCCGCCUCCGGCCGCCGGCCCCGUCAGCCACGAGCCCCUGCAGGAGGCCGGCAGCAUGGCCUUCCGCGCCCUGGGCUUGGCCACCCAGACGGCCAUCGCGGCCGCCAUCGCGCUCCUCACGCUCACGGCGCUGCUGCUGGCGACCAUGAUCUGCCGCCGGCGGCGCAAGAGGAAAAAGGCGCCCGGACCGCCGGGGGAGGGCGCGCUAUUCGUCAACGACUAUUCGGACGGGCCCUGCACCUUCGCGCAGCUCGAGGAGCUCCGCGACGAGCGAGGCCACGAGAUGUUCGUCAUCGACCGUUCCAAGCCGCUCUUCGCCGAGGGCCCAACGGAGGCGGCCGACGGCGCGGCAACCGGGCCGGCGCAGGGCCUCCCGCUGCAGCCGCCAGCAGCCUACGAGAUCCACUGCUGAAGAGCGCGGCCCAGAGGGGCGGGCGGCGGGCGGGCGCGCGCUGAUGACGUAGUCUUCGCGGGUUGGCAGGCCCGCGGGCUCGGCCGGCGCAUGCUCCAGCGCAGUCAGUAAAG